AUGAUCAGUUGCGCCUUGCCCCCGUGCACCAUGUCUUCGCUGUGGUCUGGGGCUGGGGUCGGGAUCCUACUGCGGCGUUCGACGGCCGACGGCGCCACGCAUCUCAAACAAUACUACACACUUGACAUAGCAGUGCCGAAAGCGCUGUCGGAUCUCCUGGAUAAAAUCAAGACCUCGACCAGCCCAACAGCAUCAAAGGGACCAACACAGGAUGGUGAGGACGUCGACACCGGCAACGCCGCAGGGAAGGGGAGCGCUACCCCGUAUCAGCUGCCGGCGCUCUUGGACAUAGCUCGCUUGGCGCUGACGCCCAGCUGCGCCGGCGGGGUAAGGGUGGGAACAACCCCACCCAAAGCGCGCUCCCGCGCCCUGGCGCUAGACUGUCUCAGCCUCGGCUUGGUCCUGCACCUCGAACCGAGCGAGGGGGAUCGGUUGAAAGAUUUCAGGCGUGAAGCCUUAGCCGUUGCGGCCGUGGGAGCGAAGGACGAGCGGUGGGAGGUCAGGGUCGCCGCGGCGCGGGCGGCAGGAGAAGUUUUGAGGAGGACAGGAGGGCAGGAAAAGUUGGUUCACUUGCUGUCGUCCAAGCAGGGCUGUUGGCUCCCGGCCCUUCUCGCCGACGGCUACCCAGAGGUGCAACACGCCGCCCGUGAGGCUCUCACCCAGAGCCUCGCUUGUCCAGACGGUAGCUGCGACGGCAUGCCGGAGAACGGUCUCAACCCGGCCGCAGUAUCGCUCCCGUCGUCGCCAUCUGCCGCCGCUGCUCCUGUUAGAGCCGCCUCUUCUUUCCCGCCGACGGCGGCGGCGGCGGCGGCGAUGCGCGGGGCGUGCGAGGCUCUGCGAGCGGCGGCCCUAUCGAACUUGGACGUCGAGCCGGAGGCCGGCGGCGUCGUCGACCUGAGAGCCGUCGACCUCGCGGAGGAGGAGACCACGCGUACCGCCCUGCGAGCGCUGCGGGGCGGGGCUUCCUUGUUGGGAUCGCCACCGGGGGAGCGAGAGUCGCACUCGCACCUGCCCCUCCUCGCAUCGUCUUCGGCACUGCCGGGCCGGCGGGAGGAAGAGCACGGGAACGAGCAGGAGGCGACGGCCGCUCGGGUGGAAGCUCUAGAGUCGGUAGAAGCGUUGCUCGUUGGAACACUGCCAGAUUUUCCGGAUCUGUCUGUGCCGUGGGCCGCGGAAGGCGGAGACCAGCACGGAGCGGCGGCAAGCGCUAGGAGUGCCGCUGGAGUAGGCGGCCUCUCGCUGGAAGCUGGCGAGACCGUCUGCGCGCUCUCGCUCGGGGGCGCGGAAGGCGCGGCGGGAUUUCGCGCCAAGGCGUUGGAAGCGGCCACGGCAGCGGUAGAGGAGUUUCGGUCCGAGUGCCUGUCGGCGGCUGCGGGUGACGGGGGCGGAGAAACCGGAGGUAAAGGGGGGGAGGGCUUGUGGAAACGGGUUUACUGCGGACUGCUUGUGCGAUUGGAGGGGUGUUCUGCGUUCAUGGUGGGCCCCGAGCCGCCGUCACCGCCAACGGCGGUGUCACUUCCGGCGCGGGAGGGCGUCGUCGUGAACGGGCGAGAUGGCCACGACACGUCGGCGGCGACGCCACCGACGCAAGCCCUCAUCGCCGGAGAAGGGGCGGGCGGCAGCACGGUCGGCGGCGAAUCCACCACCGCACCCGCCGCCCGUGGGUCUCCGCCGUCCUCCCUCGCUCGGCUGACGGAAGCGUUCGCAGAAGCGCUGGAAGAGGUGCCCUUGGCGUACGAGCAGGCCGUGCCCCCAAACCUCGACAACAAUGACGACAUGACCAUCAGCGAGAAGAACGCGUUGCGCGCUCGGGGCGGCAGGCGACGGCGGUGGAUGGUGGCUUCCACGCACCUCCUGCUUCGGGCUGGCGCGAAGUUGUGCGAACAAUACCGGCGCUCCUGCGGCGGCGGAGCGCCAGCCGCCGACGUUGCCGGCGGUAGCGGUAGCGGAGGGGAGCAAGCGCUCGCGUCGGCGACGCUGGUGAAGCUGUUGGCCGACGACCCCAACGAGGCCUGGCUGUCUUGCAUGCGGUCGCCGGAGGACACCCCGGGGCUCGAUCCCGCAGGAGCAACAGCACCCUCCUCAGCAUCCGAGCUUACUGCCCCCAUACCGUGGGAGUCGUGCGUGCACGGGCAAGCGCUCCCGAGACACUAUCUCUCCGCGCCGUGGGCGAGCCACGCCACCACCGUCGAGCUGGCGAAGCGACUCGUGGACAUCGCCUGGAGCGCGCUCUACCUGGGCGGCGACGACGCCGGCGGAAGCGGGCCCACCGCCGCCGCCGAGACGCUGAUGCGGGCCCUACGGGCUGCCACUCGCGCUCGCGGGGGGUGGCGGGAGGACGCCGGGGUCGGCAUCAAGCACGCCGCGUCCGCGGCGAUCCGGAGGCUUCGUUUCCCGCUCUUCUCCGGCGCGGCCCUCGGGCACGCACUGCCGCUGGCCCUGCCGCUCGCGGACGACUACGACCCGGCCCAUCAGGCCGUAGGGUUCUCGCUGCUGCUGCGGCUGUUCGCCGAGGCCCCGCCGGCGGAGCUGGGGUUGCACCGCGGGCUCCUGCUGGAGGUCCUCGAGAGGGGGAUCAGGUGCGGCGGGAGGGACCCUUCCGCGUCGGCGUUGUGCAUGGCGGCGGUGGUGAGGCUUCUGCGACGCUCACCGAAGAACGGCGGCGGUGGCGGCGGCGGCGGCGGCGGCGGCGGCGAGCGUGCCGGGAUUCGAAUCGCGAGAGAGACGCUAGCGCAGGCGGCGAGGGCAACGGACGGGGCGGUGAAGGCCGUCAUGGUUUGCGGCGCGGCUGCCCUGCUGGAGGUGCCGGCCACCGGGAAAGGGUACGCGCCGUGCGAGUUUCUUCGGCCGGCGCUUCUGUGCCUCCUCCCGAUCCUUCAGUCUCCCCCAGUAUCAUCGAGGCUCGACGCCCGGGCCGCGUCCCUCCGGGCCGUCCGGGCGCUUUGCCUCUCCUGCUGGCCACGAGUCCAUGCCCACGCCUCGAAGCUGCUUUGCUCCCUGCUCUGGACGUGCGGCGACUGCACCCGACGAGCGUCGGUCCGAAGACUCUCCUCCUCGUCGCCGGGAGGCGGCAGGGCCAAAGACGGGCCCGCGCGCCCGCAGCCGUCUCUGGGAGUAGUCCUCGCGGCAAACGCCGCGGCGAUCGACCCCUUGACGGACGAGGCCGUCCGAACCUACGCGACGAGGCUCGGGGCCCUGGUGUUGGUGUUGGCCGGAGACGGCAACGGCGGCGGCGGUGGGGCUUCCGCCGCGCGGUCGACGCUCAGGGAGAUUUGCGCGGCCGUUUCGGUGCUGCGACCCCACGGGGCUGCCAUGGAGCGGCUUGCGGACGGGGGGUUCUCGUUGGAGGAGGGUGCUGGGCGGGAAGGGGCAGCUGCCGUAGAUGGGGAAGAAGGGCGCAUGGAAGGAAAAAGCCCUGCUGGUGAUGGCGGCUGCGGUAAUUCAGAGAUGGAAAAGCGGCUGUCGAGUGAGACCAACUCCGCCGCCAAGUUGGUGUCUUGACCACGUGUAAAUAUUAACGGGACUUCUGAUGCGUG